GCUUCCUUCUAGGUAUCCAUUCAUCCCUCCACAUCCUUCAAUCUCUCUAUAUAUAUACCUCAGCCCAUCUCUCCUUGCCAUCGACGACCGUAGCGCCACCAUCUUGUGGCCUUCGACCAGCUCCCGCGACCUAAAGAAGCAGCUGCUGUAGGCCUACGCCAGCUUUCGUGUACUCGAACUUUGCCUCAGCGGGUUGGUGGUUGGUCCGCCAAGCUACACAAACCGAGCUCUUCAUCCGCGUUGCUUCUCGCCGCCCACCCCCAGGAUCCCUCUCGCACGGCAAUUGACUAUCUUUCUAUAAUCAGUAGUGUUUGGCGGGAAUAGAAAGAGUUGCUACAUUUGGUGGGAAAUACAAGUCAUUAGGGGUUUAAUGAGGAAGAUGCAUUGAGCUUUUCCAGAAAUCUACAGUCGCUUGCUCGCAUUGGGUGGCAGGUUUUAGCAUUUGCGACAGCGCAUCGCAAGAGUCAUCGAAUCUCAGUGCUUCAUAUCUGUUCUGGUGAAGACAUUGCAUGGUUGGCAUCCUGCCUCCUACCUCCUGUGACAUCUUUCGAUUCUAAACAGUUCAGCACAAGUUUCCUUUCCACCAAGGGGCGACGUGGUCGUAAGCCGCACAACGAGGCCAGCGCUCUAAACUAAUAAUCUCUUUUACUCUUGACUUGCGUGCUCGCAAUAAUACAACCAUGUCUUCCUACUCUGAGUCUGAGGCUGUUGCUAAGGACUUCCGCGAGGCUCUGGAGGAUAUACAGACUAUUGGACGUCCUGAGAUAUCUAACCUUACAAUUAUUGCGCGCGAGAACAUCGAACACGCGCUCGCCAUCUCUGGCGCACUAGUCGACCACAUCAAAAAGGCCGCGCCACACAAGAAGCUCCCUCCGCUCUAUGUACUCGAUUCAAUAGCAAAAAAUGUCGGUACUCCCUACACGCUGUUCUUCAGUCGAAAGCUGUACCAAACCUAUAUGGACGCAUAUGCGAUGGUCGAUAUGGCUACUCGGAGAAAGUUAGAAGAGAUGCUUAAGACAUGGAAGGAACCGGUUCCUGGUUCUAUUGAUACCAGGCCUGUCUUCGCUCCUGAUGUUGUUCGUCCUAUCGAAAAUGCGCUCAUUAAGGUUAGGACAACGGCGCUGCAACAAGAUCAGGAGAGGAUGAGGAGUCAACAGCAGCUUUACGGUCGGGGUAGGCCGGCGCAAGGAGUGCCUUAUCGGGAGACAGCUACUCCGCCAGGUGUUCGCCCCCCUUCUCAAACUCAUCCAUACCAUGCUCAACAACCUCCGAUGCAACAUGGUAACGGGCUUUACAGUCAACCGGCCCAGCCGCCAGCGGUCAGCUACCCAUCACAACCCUCUAGUUUAAUUUCUACGUCGAGGUCUACACCACAACCUCCUUCUAGUGCAUUCCCGCCUCCUCAUCUGGGAGGCUAUGGCUUGACGCAACGUGGAAUAAGCAUAGAUGCAUUAAAUGAUGAUAUUAAGAGACUAACCAAGGCCUUCCAGGCCCAGCUCGCCCAAAGUCCCCAUGAUCUUAUUAUACAGACUAAGCUGAAGGCGUUGGUGGACUUGCAAACUAUUUUACAGACACAGAAUCUGCCGCAGGAGCAGUUAGUGCUUGUUAAGAAUCAAAUUGCUGAUCUCGCUGUGAACAUAAGGGCACCUCCAGCCCAAACCUCUACACCUGUAUCACUACCAAAUCCCGUAGCAGUAGUUCCUCCGCCGGCGCCGGCGGCGGUACCCAAGGUAUCCCUAGAUUCCUUGUUUGGUUCGGGUGCUCUAGCUGCCAUAAUGGCUCGGAAUUCUGCCACACCACAAGUCCCUACACCCCAACCACCACCCGCUGCACCUGUCCCUAUCCGAUCACCGCCUCCUCAGAGGGUUGAGUCUCAGAAAGUUGCAUCUGCACCGGCUGAUCCUAUGGCACUUAUGAAUAUGUUGAGACAGGCGGGCAUGCUUCCACCAGCUACACCUGCAACUAGUACAACCCCGGUGCCAAGCACGACCCCUUCAGCGACUCUACCGUUCCCCUUACCUCUUCCACAAAUGGUCAAAAACACUCAAAUUCCCUUACCUGGAACAAUCGAAAGUCUUACAAGUGACAUAUUGCUAAAAGCAUCGUCUCUAAAGCAAUUUCGCCCACAAUUGCUCCCACUCCUUUUUGAAGCUCAAGGCCCCCAAUGCACGCAGUGCGGGCGACGGUUCCCGACGACGGAGGAAGGCAAAAAGAGGAAAACGGCGCACAUGGAUUGGCAUUUCCGUGUAAAUCAGCGAAGCAACGAGACUGAGAAACGGGGGUUACACCGUAGUUGGCUCGUCGAUGAAAUGGAUUGGAUAAACACGCGCGAGACAAUUGAUAAGGACCACGUCGUCCAAACCGGCGAUACAGAUCCGACCUCGGGCAGCGCAGUUGCAAAGGCUCCCAAAACGCAAUACAUCCCAGUCCCCGAUGAUCCCGUGCUUGCAGCCAGUGUCUGUCCAAUCUGCCAGGACAAAUUUGAGACUAGGUGGCUGGAUGAUGCACAGGAAUUUGUAUGGGCCGAUGCAAUCAAGGUUGGCGAUCGCGUUUACCAUGCUAGCUGUCAUCAGGAGGCAUUCAAAGACGGCGGCGGGCCGCCGCCCCUGUAUAGCGCGCCGAUGCAUGCUCGUAGUACACCCGAGCCAGUACUAGGAAAACGCAAAGCUGAGGAUGAACUUGUCUCUCUACGGGGCAAGCUGAAGGCGGAAGCCGUAUGACCACUUGGCACUCACCAUAAUAAGCGAACUGUGAUCGGGAACGGCGUAGGACCGUGUUCCUAAGCUCCGGAAUACAUAGGAUGGCACGUUGUUCUGGUGCCACGUCAUGGGAGUCGGGCAACUAGUCGACCAAUCGAUUCACGGCGAUGAGAAGUCGGGGCAUUUGCAUCAUCUGGCGUUAGAGCAUUCCUGUGCCUUUAGAGAAAGGAUAUAAACCUCCAUUGGAUCGGUGCUGCGGGCAAGGGAUAGGAAAGAGCGUUUGAGGUUCAAGAUCACCGCGUCGGGAGAAAAUUCCCGAGGAGAACCAUACUAUCUCCGCAAGCAGCAGAGUACAUUUGGUGGACUCGAUUAACAAAUAAAAUUUAAUGAAACAUAGCGACAUAGCUUGUUGAUUGUCUAAGAAGGCCUGACGUUCAGGUUACUGCAUAC